AUGGCUCCGACCAAGUCACUCGCUAUGUUUCUCUUUCUGUCACUCUCUUCAUUUUUGUUCUGCCACUCUCUUGCUGCCUUUAUCCCAACUGCUGAACUUGUUCAACUCUCCCCGCGUGAUCUUGGUCCCAGGCAGGCAUCAACAAGUAGUAGUAGCUCAGCUACGACUACCAAGAAAGCUGACGCUCAAUGCACGAAUGGGCCGUUCACCCGUCAAUGCUGGGGGAAUGGUUUCAGCAUCGCCACCAACUACGACAGUACAUGGCCGAAUACUCGCCACACUGAGUAUUAUGAUCUCGAGAUCACAAACACUACCAUGUCCCCCGAUGGGGUCCCCAGGAUCGUCUACGCGAUCAACAACCAAUAUCCUGGGCCAACGAUCCGGGCAAAAUGGGGUGACACCUUGCAGAUCAGGGUGAAGAACAGCCUCACCACCAACGGCACCAGCAUCCACUGGCACGGCGUACGACAGUGGUACUCUAACCAGAUGGACGGCACCAAUGGUGUAACCGAGUGUCCUCUUGCGCCAGGACAAACUCGCACAUACACCUUUUUGUGCACACAGUUCGGCACGACAUGGUUUCAUAGUCACUAUUCCGACCAGUACUCGGACGGUGUAGUCGGUACCAUCAUCAUCGAUGGUCCUACCACAUCGAACUACGACGUCGAUCUCGGCGCCUUCCCAAUCACCGAUUGGUAUUACCGACCUGCUUUCGAGAUUGCGCCGCUCGUCCAGCAUGCCGUCAUCCGUGGCCCACCCCCGGGCGACAACAUCCUCAUCAACGGCACCAACGUCAAGGUCAAUGGCACGGUCGGUAAGUACAGCCGCACUACCCUGACCAAAGGCAAAAAGUACAAACUCCGCCUCAUCAACACUUCGACAAACGACAACUUCAAAGUCGGCCUCGACGGACACAGCUUCACGGUGGUGACUGCAGACUUUGUCCCCAUCAAGCCGUUCGUCACGAAUUGGCUGUUUCUGGCAAUCGGCCAGCGCUACGACGUUAUCAUCGAGGCUAACCAGCCCGUCGACAGCUACUGGUUCCACGUCGUUCCCCAAGCCGGUUGCAGCAACAACCUGAACAAGAACGCCCUCGCCAUUUUCAGUUAUGCCGGCGCCACGUCGACGACACCCCCCAACGCCACACGUUCCAACGCACCCCCCGGUGCCCCCGACUGCAACGACCCGAACAAGAGCCUCGUCCCGUACGUCAAGCUCGACGUGCCGGACAACUACACCAUCCCGCAGUCCUCGCACCUCGACGUCGGCUUCGCCAUCGUUCAAGACGCCGCCCAGCAGACGCAGGUCCAGUGGAACCUGAACUUCAACGCCAUCAACGUCCCCUGGGGCGACCCCACGCUGCAGUACGUGCUCGACAACAACACCAACUUCCCGGCCAGCAUGAACCUGAUCAGCCUGCCCAACGCCAACACCUGGAGCUACUGGGUCAUCCAGGCCCUGCAGACCCAGGCCCCUCCCCAGCCGCACCCGAUCCACCUGCACGGCCACGACUUUUACGUCCUCGGCGCCGACUCGGGCGUCUACAACAACUCCCAAACCCUCAACUACAAGAACCCGCCGAGGCGCGACGUGGCCAUGUUGCCGGCGAACGGCUACCUCGUCCUCGCCUUCAUCACCGACAAUCCGGGCGCCUGGCUGAUGCACUGUCACAUCGCCUUCCACGUCAGUCUGGGUUUUGGCGCCCAAUUCCUGGAACAGCCCGAUUACAUCCGUAGCAAGUUGCCCAUCGGACAAGACUGGCACAACGAGUGCACCAGCUGGAACAAGUACUAUGCUACCGCGCAAUACCAACAGGAAGACUCUGGUUUGUAA